GGAGGGGCGGGGGGCUCUGUCCCGGGAGUUGGUGACAUCCGUGUGGCUGGACCGAGGGAGGGCGAGUGUGCGCUCGGGCCCGGCGGACUCCGAGUAAAGUCUCUUCAGACCCCUGGACUGAGAAGAGUGAGAACUGGUCACCCUUAACCUCACUGCAUCCAACCAAUAAGAAUCCAGCCACCAUGGCGGAGUUACAGGAGGUGCAUAUUACUGAGGAGAAGCCGCUGUUACCAGGACAGACUCCUGAAGCUGCUAAGGAGGCUGAGUUAGCUGCCCGAAUUCUCUUGGACCAAGGACAGACUCAUUCUGUGGAGACCCCCUAUGGCUCCGUCACUUUCACUGUUUAUGGCACCCCCAAGCCCAAGCGUCCAGCGAUCUUCACCUACCAUGAUGUAGGACUCAAUUAUAAGACUUGCUUCAAGCCCUUGUUUGAUUUCGGAGACAUGCAGGAAAUUAUCAAGAACUUUGUUCGGGUUCAUGUGGAGGCCCCUGGCAUGGAGGAGGGGGCACCUGUGUUCCCUUUGGGGUACCAGUAUCCGUCUUUGGACCAGCUUGCAGACAUGAUCCCUGCUAUCCUGCAAUACUUAAACUUCUCUACGAUAAUUGGAGUCGGGGUUGGAGCUGGAGCCUAUAUCCUGUCUCGAUUUGCUCUUUUAAACCCAGAUGUAGUGGAAGGCCUUGUUCUCAUCAACAUUGAUUGCAAUGCUAAGGGCUGGAUGGACUGGGCUGCCCACAAGCUGACUGGCCUCACCAGCUCAAUCUCUGAGAUGAUCCUUGAGCACCUCUUUAGUCAGGAUGAGUUGUCUGGUGACUCAGAGCUGGUACAACGGUAUCGAGAUAUCAUUAUGCAUGCCCCCAACCUAGAGAACAUUGAGCUCUUCUGGAACAGCUACAACAACCGCCGAGACCUACACUUUGAGCGUAGGGGUGAUGCAACCCUCAAGUGCCCUGUGAUGCUUGUGGUGGGAGACCAGGCACCCUACGAAGAUGCUGUGGUGGAAUGUAAUUCGAAGCUGGACCCAACCAAGACCUCCUUCCUCAAGAUGGCAGAUUCUGGAGGUCAGCCUCAGCUGACCCAGCCCGGCAAGCUGACCGAAGCCUUCAAAUAUUUUGUUCAAGGCAUGGGCUACAUGGCAUCUUCCUGUAUGACCCGUUUAUCCCGAUCCCGAACUGCCUCCCUGACCAGUAGAGCUUCGAUUGAUAACGGCCGUCCUCGAGCUGCCUCUCAGAGCAGCGAGCCUGGGAUUGUUCCUUCAGGGUCUCCAGGACAUACUAUGGAGGUCUCUUCUUGAGCAUCCCUCCUUCCCCUUUUGAAGGACCUGGCCCUCACCACCCCCCAGCCCCUUAGCUCUAAC